AUGGAAGAAAUCGGGGAAAUGUCCAUAAGGGCACGUUUGGAGGAGGCUUUAACCUCUUAUGCUAUGGACACUUUCUCGGACAUGGAGACACUGAAGAGUUUUGUGUCUGGACUCUCUGGGUGGAUGCUGCAGAGAGAGACGGAGCUGUUGAGUCUCAUCGACAUCAAAGAAAGAACAGCGACAAUCAACCUGAACUGGAGCCACGUUAAGAAUUCUGAGGACAAAGGAAAGGCCUUCGUGGAGUUCAUGAGGAGCACGUUUAUCCCGUCUGCGGCGGCGGAGCAGAGAGCAAAGCUGGAGGAGGAGCUGAGGGCCACUUUGAAGGGCAGCCUGAUGGGCCUGGAGGAACUGCAGAGGUUCCUGGAGGCCGUGGAGAGGCUGUCCGUCACCUCAGUGCAUGUGUUUGAGGAGGACGGUGUGCUGCUGCUGCCUGAAGAGGGCGCUCUGGACACAGCGCAGGACGUCAUCACAGCAGCCAAGAACAUCUGCAUCCAUGUGGUGGAGUUCAAACGAGCACACACAGAGUACUUCAGCCCCAGACUGCACAAUGUGGAGGUGAUGGUUUACCAGCUGGACCAGUACCUGCAGAGUGUGCAGCGGAUCUGUGGCACCAUGAAGAAAGGGCCUUUGAACGACUUUGUCUAUUCCAAACUUCUGGUGGACAUCGAUGAAGAAAUCUGCGAUGACGAUGUUCAGAAGAUGCUGGACAACAUCACUUUGCUCAAAGAGCUCAGACAGGACGAGGCCUUCAGGAUGGUCUUCUUGUUCCAGGAGGAGUACAGCAGCAGCUUCAUGGAGCGCUUCAGUGAGUCUGCUCCCAGAAUGCACCAGUUCCUGAGUGAGCUGGAGGACAGCGCGGUGCAGUUGGACCGCAUGAACAUGGGCGCCCGAAUCUCCAGCGUGACGGGCAGCUCGUUGGGGGCCGUGGGAGGCGUGCUGUCCAUCAUCGGCCUGGCGCUGAUCCCAGUGACCGCAGGAGCCUCUCUGGCCCUCACCAUGACCGGGGUCGGCCUGGGCGUCACCAGCGGAGUCAACAGUGCAGUCACUACGGCCACCGAGAUCGGAGUGAACCACACACAGCAGAAAAGAGCCAGUGAGGCGUUUGAGAAGUUCAUGGAGGACGUGAAGAACAUCCAGGACUGUUUGGACGAGGUCACCACAGAGUACAAGCUUCAUGACGGCCCAGCAGAGGUGGUUGUGGUCGUGGGAAAGAUCUUGGGAAAAGCAGGUACGGUGGGAAAAGGCAUCGAUGCUCUGGUGGACAUGGCUUCUGCAGCGAAGCUGCUGAGGUCUGAGGAGGCUGUUGCAGGUGCUGGUAAAGUCUUGGCUGAAGAGGGCAAAUCUCUUCGUAACGUCCCACGUCUGGCCUCAGAGCUGCCGGACGUGGGGCAGGCAGCGGCGCGAGGGCCCCUGGCCAUGUCCCGCGGGGCCAGAGGAGGCUUCAUUGCUCUCAACGCUCUGUUCCUGGGGAUGGACGUGCUCUUCAUCGUCAAAGACAGUUUGAGUUUGUCGCGAGGCAGCGAGACGGAGCUGUCCAAGUUCAUCCGAGCCAGAUCUGCUCUGUGGCGCUCAGAGAUGACGUCAUGGCAGAAGCUCCACGACCUCCUGGAGAAAGGCCUGCCGUCCUUCAAGAAAAAACAAGCCAUUCUCAUUACAGAGUUUUACCCAGAGCUGGAAUUCCACAGGGAGAAGAUCACAUGGGAGACGGUGACAGAGGCCGGGAACAAAGAGGAUCUGUGUGAAGCUGAAGAGGAGCCAGAGGAGGAGCCAGAGGAGGAGCCAGAGGAGGAGCAGGAGAGGAGCAGCUGCUCUCUACAAUAG